GGGGAGCCUGGUCUCUGCGAAGCGGAAGAUGCGUGCUCCCAGAGAAUCGCCGGCUCGGAAUUGCCCCAGAGACGCCAAGCCUGUUUCCACGUCAGAGACAGGGCGACGAUAUGCUGUCCGACGAGGGGAAGCCUCUCAUCCUCGGGCCGGAUCGUGGGAGGGGAAGACACAGAACCAGGGGAAUAUCCCUGGAUGGCUGCUCUUAUAAGAAAAUCUUCCACUCUACGUCCUUUCUGUGGCGGGUCUCUCAUUUCCCCCGGUCAUGUUCUCACUGCUGCUACAUGUGUUCGAGAAGAUCGACAGAACCCGAGUUCCUUUCUGGUCCGAAUCGGAGAGCACAACUUUGCGAAUAUGUCAGAGACAGAGCAUCGAGAUUUCAACGUCGCACGAAUCCACAUUCAUCCCAAUUUCACGGAAAGGAGUUGGGGCUUCUAUAAUGAUCUGGCGAUUCUCGAACUGGAUAAUCCAUCCGAGGAUGACCCUGCGACCGUCUGCCUGCCCAAAAAACCAGGAGAAUUCAAGGGUUGCGGGGCCGUUGUCACUGGUAAGGAAUUCAUAUCCUCAUGCUUUAAUAAUGGCAAGCGGCUAGUCUUCAAUGAAACGGUGGUUUAG